UUCUGUUUCUUCUUCUUCUUCUUCUUCUUCUUCAUAGUCCUCACUUCACAAUUCCCUUCUCUCCACCAUGCUUUUUUCCCGUCUCCGCCGUUGCUUCGCUCCAAAACGCUCCUCUUACUCUUACACUCCCGCUCCUCCUCCGGUUCCGAUGAAAAAGAAAACUAGUUGGCCGUGUGGGAAUAUUGAUCAGAAGGAUGAUGAUAUUAUUAGGGGAAAUAACGAAGAAAAAAGUAGUGUUGCGAUGUAUCGGAUUGAGAAUGAAUUGAAAGCGAUGAACAAGGAGGUGGCGACGCACUGCAGUUUCGGACCGGUGGGUGAUGAUAUUUUCAGGUGGGAAGGUAUUGUAAUUGGGCCGGCUUGUUCUUGUUAUGAAGGAGGCAUUUUUCAUGUUUCAAUUCAAUUUCCCUCCGAUUACCCCUUCACUCCUCCCUCCAUUCAUUUUCUAACCAAGAUAUUCCAUCCAAAUGUAGAGUUAGAUGGAAGCAUUAAGAUUGACAUAUUGUAUGAAAAUUGGUCUUCAGCAUUGACAAUUGAGAAACUUCUACUUUCAAUAUGCUCAGUCCUUUCAAACCCAAUUCCCCAAGGCUCCACUAAUGAAGCUUCAACAAUGUUCCUCAACGAUUGGCUCAAUUUCAAUGACAUUGCAAGACAAUGGACCAAAUUAUAUGCAAUGCCAAUUUGAUAUCUCACCCCUAAGACAAUAUUGUAUAUAUUCAUUAUAUGCACCAAUUAGUAUGUAUGUGUAAUGAAUUAUAUAUCAUUUCAUUUGUUUUAGGGCUCCUAAAAAGGUUGGAUUUUGAUCUUGGUGAUUGUUUUGCCAAGCCCAACAUUGUUUUUUUUUUUUCUUUUUUUUUUUUAAAUAAUGAUUUUAGUUUGUAUAAUUGAUUGGUUCUACCCUAAUUCAAAUUAUUAAUUGGCCA